ACUGCCAUAACCUUACUUUUUUCUUGUUUGUAUUUUUACUUAUUGUGCCCCAAGAUGACCGUCCAUCUCAAGCCGGGUGACCGUGUCCUUCUUGAAAACCGUUCUUCUGAAGUUUACAGCGGUACCAUUGAAUAUAUCUCGGCCAAAAGUGUUAACCUCAAUUCCAUUAGCUGCCACAGCACCAACACUGAAUAUGAGGGCAAUAUGACUUUCUACCGUAACGAAGUUGUGAAAAUUGUGCUUAUUUCUGACACCGAAUCUGCCUCCACUUCCGAUAACAUGCCUGCUGCCACAGAGGACUCUCUAGUCACAUCGAAAAAAAUCAACAUGCACCCAGACGAAUAUGCUCGUUUGAGACAAGUUACUUUUGAUUUUGUGUUCAUUGACACGUUUGGAACACACUUUGACAAUGCGGUUGAAGUCUUAAACAAUCGGGAAUCCGUGGCAGUAGCUGGAUUAGGAAAUAAUUAUGUAAGAAGCAAACCGUUGAGUGUCUUAGUGAUGUCGGAUUUUAAACAAGUUUUCAUCUUUGAUUUGUUGUGUUUGGGGAAAUUAAGUGGAUUAGGGGAGGUUUUAGAGUCGGAUUUUAUAUGUAAAGUUGUCCACGAUGGGGGCGCUUUGUUUGAUUGCUUGUAUCACAAGUAUGGAGUAGAAAUGAAAAAUGUUUUUGAUACACAAGUCGUUGAUACUAUGUUAUCAAAAGAAAAAGACGAUGUUGAAAUUAAACGGAAUAUAAGUGAAUGUCUAACUUAUCACUUCAAUUUUCCAGCGGCAUUGUUAUCAGCAGUUUUGGACACCAUAAAUGAUAAAUCUUGGUGCAAAAGGCCUUUACUAAAAAGUGACAAAAUUAAAUCAGCGCAAUUAGUUGUGUACUUAUUAAGUCUUAGAGACCAACUUAUGAAACAAAUUCUUAAAAAAUAUACGGGCGCAAUAACAAAAGAAUACUCUAAAUAUAAACAAAUGAGUGAUAUUGAAGUUCUAAAGUUUAGAAAACAAUAGACUGAAAUUAUUUUUUUCUUAUGGUCUUACACAUUGCUCUUCCAAGAAUUUGUUAUCUAAAAUUAAUAGACCUUCUGCGAAAUUUUAAGCCACUUAGACUACUGGUUAGUAAGCGGUCUUUAUGACCCAAGGAUUAACUUAGAUUACAGGUAAAAGGAACGCCUACUACAAUGCAAAGAAGGUUUUAUUACCCAACUUUUAUCAUGUGUAACGAGUUGAUUUAUAUCAAACUUUUUAAAUAUAUUUUCUUGAGCAUUAUCAUGUCAAGUUGUAUGUAUUAUUUAUUGUAUCAGGGUUGUAGUGUUGCAGCAUUGUUUUGAAGGCUUGCUUAUAAACUAGUAUUAUAAUAUACUAUUUAACUUUCUAUUUUUAUAUUUUAUACUUCCAUGUAAACCUCGUGCCAUUUCAAUCGCCACACUGGCAACGUCGUAACUUGUUUUUUGAGUUUAAAAUAUGUUACAAACCCAUUUUUCUGUGUAAAAGAAGAAUCUGUGAAUUGACCCUACUGAUAAAUUUGAAGCCAAAAUACUACACUAUUUCGGAAAAAAACUUACGAAAAGUGACAAAAUGGCUACUGAAAUGACACGACGUAUAUGUCAUAGUUUGCAAACUCCAGCUAAAUAGUUUAAAAAACAAAUUAAUUACGACGUCAUUAAAAGUUCAUUUAAAAUUUCCUUUCACACCUAAGUAAAAUAUGGUAACAUCGCAAAUACAUUUUUUGAAGUAAAGUAAAAUACCGGGUGAUUUUAAAGAAUGUGUAAAUAUUUUAACAGGUGAUAAGUGGCGGACACGGAAUUUUGGACAUCAAAUUUAUGAAAGUCAUUAUGGUUGACGUUUGAAACUAAAACUUGAAAGUUUUUGUUGAAAUUCAUUUUUGGCGUCGAUUGUUGUUUUUAUAUAAGUUCAACAAAUUAUUUUGGUUUGUUGUCAUUUUUUUUUCUACCGAAAAUGAAGUUAGCUGCCUAAGGCCCAUUUUACAUUUUUAUGUCAGUCGAAUGAUAAAUCGUCCAAAAUUCCGUGUCCGCCAGUGUAGUAAAGCUCAAAAGAAGUCAAAAUCACUAAACUUGCCUUAUCCGAAUGUUUACAGUUUCUGAGAUAUGUAUAUGCAAAGAUUUUUUUCAGUUUCAAUACUACAAUUGCGGAUACAGAAUUUUGGACUACUUGUCAUUCAAUUGACAUAAAAAUAAAAAUCUAAAACGUGCGUUAUGUACAACUAAUCUCACUUUCGGUUUUUGUAAUUUUUAUGGAAUUACAUAUAGAGACUAUAUUAUAAAAAACGCCCUAAGUCAUAAUUUCAUUACUUUUAAAGAUGUUAUAAUACUUUUUUGCUCAAAGUUGAACAGUUUUUCGUUAUCAAUCGUUGGCUUACUUUAGAUAAAAUGAAUAAAAAUGUUCUAUUCUUUCCACUGCCUAAUUUAAUUUAAUUUUUAAAUUGCCUAAAAUUAAAAACAUUUUUUUUCAUGUUCCUGGUAUCUUACCUUACUUGAAAAUUUUCUCUUGGGCGCGAGUUCUGGCGCACCCUGUAUAAAGUUUGAAUGUUUUGAGUUCUUUAUCCCAAAGUUUACAUUGUUAAUAGUCGGUUACAUUUGAGAUAAUGAAAUCCGAUGCUAUCUUCAACAAAAAAAAUGGUUGCAAAAUUUUUGCCGUGUUGUUAUUUUUUAUAUGAGGAUACUUUUUUCUGUGUCUGCUUUUACCAAUUAUUUUAAUAAAACACUGUAAUACAUUUUAUAAUUUGAGUUGGUGCCCCAAAUUCGGCGAACAAAACCCUCUAUAUCUUACGAACUCUAAACAUUCGGAUAAGGCAAGUUGAGUUAUUUUGACUUCUUAUGAGCUCUGUUUGCACAUACUUUAAAAUUACCCUGUAUCUAGAUUACAACUCGAUAUAAGUGAUAAAUUUAGGGCCACUAUAACAUCCAUAAUUGAAAAGAGAAAAAACUGGCAGUUUCUGUUCACCUUUUAAAAUCAUGUUAGCACUUACCAGAAGGUGUAAACUCUAAAAAUCAUUAACACCAUCACUUUUUGUUAACUGAAGAAAAUAUUCCUUAUUAGUAAAAAGGAAGUUAAAUUGAGCAAAUCAAGUUUGAAAUCUGUGAUUUUUGAAAAUGUACCUUGAAAAUAAUACACCCAGUUUGUAAGGUUAGUGGGGGCCGUUUAUUAUUUGUAACUAUAAUUUUACAUUAAUUUUUUAACAAAAAUAUUCUAUUAAAAACGUUUCAUAAAAAUAAUGAUAUCGUUUGAAUGUGACUAUUACAUAUUUUAGUAUGUUUUUUUAUUUCUCAUCCUGUUAUGUAUAAAGUUUGUGUUUAUUUUGUAUUUCAAAUAACUUUUUUUUUCAAGUUUUUACAAGAGUUAGCAGAAUGUUGUAUUUCUUCUUAGUUAUUGAUUAGACAAAUAUUUAAUACUUAUAAAUCUUAUUUUUAGAAAAAAAAAUAAUUUCUGUAAUAUUGUUUAAUCCCCCUAUAAAUUACGGUGCGAUUGAGAUUUUUUUGUUCAUGAUCGAAGUUUCUGUGAAAUUUUUUCUUUUAAUUCAAAACCAGCCUGUACAUCCAUAUAGGUGCAAUAUAUUUUUAAUAUAAUAAUGA